GCUUGCACUCUCUAGUGUCAUCGCAACUAAGUGAACAUUCCUCUUACUCUAAUCUUUGUUUCUUUUAUGAGAAGAAAGAUGAGGAAAUUUUCUAUUAAGUUCGGAGUAGUAGUUGUUGCGUUUGUGCUGGUACUAGGGCUAGCUGAAUGUCGAAAAAUACAAAAAGAAGAAUAUCCUGAAUUUCUUGGACAAGGUGGCGGAGGGGGAUUUGGUGGAGGAGGUGGUAUUGGCGGCGGCAGUGGUGUAGGUGGCGGUGCUGGUGGUGGCUUCGGAGGAGGCAAAGGUGGAGGAAUAGGAGGUGGUGCCGGUGGUGGCGCUGGUGGCGGCUUUGGAGGAGGCAAAGGUGGAGGGAUAGGAGGUGGAGCAGGAGGAGGAGUUGGUGGUGGAGGCGGUGCAGGUGGUGGCGCUGGAGGAGGACUUGGUGGUGGAAGUGGUGGCGGCAUUGGAGGAGGCAAAGGAGGAGGAAUAGGAGGUGGUGCCGGUGGAGGUGCAGGUGGUGGCACUGGAGGAGGACUUGGUGGUGGAAGUGGUGGCGGCAUUGGAGGAGGAAUAGGAGGUGGUGCCGGUGGUGGCGCUGGUGGCGGCUUUGGAGGAGGCAAAGGUGGAGGGAUAGGAGGUGGAGCAGGAGGAGGAGUUGGUGGUGGCGCUGGAGGAGGACUAGGUGGUGGAAGUGGUGGCGGCAUUGGAGGAGGCAAAGGAGGAGGAAUAGGAGGUGGUGCCGGUGGAGGUGCAGGUGGUGGCACUGGAGGAGGACUUGGUGGUGGAAGUGGUGGCGGCAUUGGAGGAGGAAUAGGAGGUGGUGCCGGUGGAGGUGCAGGUGGUGGCACUGGAGGAGGACUUGGUGGUGGAAGUGGUGGCGGCAUUGGAGGAGGCAAAGGAGGAGGAAUAGGAGGUGGUGCCGGUGGUGGAAGUGGUGGUGGCAUUGGAGGAGGCAAAGGUGGAGGAAUAGGAGGUGGUGCAGGGGGUGGUGGAGGGUUUGGAGGUGGUGCAGGUGGAGGCAUUGGAAGGGGAGGAGGCUUUGGUGGUGGUGGUGGGGGAGGAUUAGGUGGCGGGCAUUGAUUUUAAAACUUAGAGCUGGGUUUAGCACCAUGCAAGCUAGUGUAUGAGGUGGUAGCAAAAUUUAUACACGUACCACCAAUUAAUGAAGAGCAUAGCAACUAUGAAUAAACUAAAGCAAUAUUGCCUUAUUACUACA